AUGAAUGAGCAAUCACUCCGACAGCCUCUAAAGUUUUGCAUCGCGACGCACGUGACCCUAAACGCGUCCAACGUGCCCAAGAUUUUUGACCAAGUUCAGAAUUCAACUGCAAAAUUUGCAAAUCACCAGAAAGUUAUCGUUGCUCUUCACAAACUCCACCUAGAUGCUGCUGGUUUCACCGAAUCCGUACACAAUGGCAGAAGCAUCAAGCUCACCGGUGAGCGUAUGUUUGAGGAGAGAUUUAAAGACAUAUUAUGCAGAGCUGCCGCCGUGAAGAAAGGAACAUCGCAGGGUGACCGGAUAGUCAAUUUUGUUGGAGCGUAUACAAAAUAUAUCAAUGAGAGAGGUACGAUGUCCGCUCGUUCCACUGAUGCUAAACCUCAUCUUAUUACAGCCGCUGAGGUAAAGAAGGAGGAUGACGAUGAAGACGAUGAUACCACAGCCUCUCGGUUCGUUGAGAAAGUGCUUACCUCCCUCGUAAACGGCUUUGAAGCCAAGGACAAAGUCGCACGCUACCGCUGCGUCCACUUUUUGGCGGAGAUGGUCGCGCAUUUGGGUGAAAUUAGGCACAUCGAAACGUUGUACACUGAGCUCCGCGCAGCUCUCUUCGAGCGUGUGCACGAUAAAGAAAUAUUUGUUCGAGUCCAGGCUGUCAUUGCACUCUCGAAGCUAUGUGGUUCGGAAGAUCCAUCUGAUGUGGAAGAAGGAGAACCCACUGCUCUUGAGGUCCUACUGGAGACUCUUAGUUGUGAUCCUGCCGCGUUGUAUGCUACCUUAGACGCCGUCCUUGGUCGAACCCGUGACAUUGACACGAUAAUGCGCAAGCUGGUUGAUUCCGCUAUCCUAAUCCAACAUUGCUUCGCUUCUGAAGGCUCUGCAAUGGGGCUCGUUCAUCCUCGUGUGCUUACCAUUUCUCAGAGAGAGUUCAUCAUUCGCAAUGGUUUAGGUGAUCGAGAGCCAGCGGUUCACCAGACUGCAGCUUUAUUACUCAGCAAAUGGGUGGACGUUGCUCGUGAACAUGUCAAGAACGAAGAAAGCAAGACCGUCGAAGAUAAUGUUCUCGCAUUUUUAAGCCUAUUUGAUCUUACGGAGAGCACGGUUGCAGAGGACGCACUGCUGAGUGUUUUGGAUAGACGCGCUGAUAUUUCCGACCACGUCGAGUUUAAUGAUGCCUAUUGGGCCAACCUGACCCCAGAGCGAGCUUUUUUCGCUCGCGUCUUGGUUGACCAUUGCAUUGCCAUUAAAAAUGCGGAAAAACUAGAUGCUUCUCUCCCGGUUGUCACUGACCUUGCCUACCGCAUCCAAGCUGCCUACAAUGCAUACCAAGAAGACUUGGAGGUCGCCGAGCAAGAGAGAGUCAUUCGUGGCGAAUCAACUGAGGAAGAAGAGGAGGCUCGCAUUGACAAGGAAUUUGUCAUAGGCGAGAUGCUCAAGGUUGCUGUGAAUCUAGACUACGCUGAUGAGAUUGGGCGCCGGAAAAUGUUCCAGCUUGUGAGAGACAUGAUCUCUCAGGAAGCACUACCCGAAUCACUUGUCGCUAGAUGUUUGGACCUAUUACGGAUACUAUCACCAAACGAGAGGGAUCUUAUUCGAGUUGUUGUAGAAGUAGUCCACGAGUUUAGGGAUGUCAGCGACGAAGAAGCUCUAAAGGAGCCUGCAGAUGAUGGAGAGACCACUUUUGGCGAAACACCCAUGCCAACUCGUACAGCACCCAAAGGACCAAAGCCAUCAGAAAAUAUGUCUUCCGAGGAACGAGCUCGUAUGGACACGAUUGAUUUGCGUUGUCUGUCACUUUGUAUAGGGAUGCUGGAGCGUGUUAACGGAACAUUUGAAGAAAAUUCAACGCUCGAAGGCAUCCUUGGCGAGUUAAUCAUUCCUGCUGUCAAACGUAAGGAAUUGGUACUUCGUGAAAAGGGUCUCAUCUGUUUAGCGCAUGGCUCUCAACUCUUUCCAGCUUUUUUGGGUCAAAUUCAGACUGCCCCGGAAGUCUUGAGGAUCCGUGUGCUGCAGAUUGUCUUCGACAUUCUUAUGGUGCACGAAAACGACUUCUUGAAAAAAGAGGGUAGUACAAGAGAGCGUAUAAUCGAAUUCUUCUUGCAACUCCUGGAAACCGAGAAAUCGGACAAGGUGCAAGCCCUCCUGUGUAUCGGCCUUUCAAAGCUUGUCCUUUCCGGAAUGAUCUCCGAAGACAAGGUCCUGCAAAGCCUGGUUGCUGCAUAUCUUGCCCCGGACACGAUCGACAACCAAGAAGUCCGCCAGUACCUUGCCUAUUUCUUCCCCGUGUACUGCUACUCCUCUGCAGUCAACCAGCGACGAAUGCAAAAGCUGGUUAUUGGAUUAUUCGAGCAACUUGCCCCAGAAACCCGAAAUGUUGACGACACCCAGGAUAUGGUCAGUCCUGCUCAAAUAGCAGCUAUGUUCGUGGAUUGGACCGAUCCACAGAAAGCUAUCGAUGUGCAAGAGCAACCAACGGACGAGACAAUUCAUAUUGACCUGGCAAGUGAUAUCGCAAGAGCACUGUUCGACGACAAGAUGAUAAGGAUGUCAAUGACUUUCUGGGGCGAACCAUUAACCAACGCUAAAAUUGCAGAGGAGGACAAGAAAUUUUUCUAUCAAGUUUUUGGGAGGCUAUACUUGCUGGACAAGGUUGAUGACGAUAAAAUCCGCACGCUCAAAUUACUACUUCACAGCCUCAAUUCUCGUCGACCAAUCCGUGACGCAGCAGCCAAGAAUGCGCUUGCGAAAUUUGAUGCUGCGAUUCCGAAAAGAUAUGCUGAGCCGCUAGAGAGCUUCAACGAGGAAGAUUACAGGCAACUGGAGUACCUGAAGGACUUGUUCGAAUUUCUUGAUGAUAUCAUUCCCUUAGACGACGGCGAGGAGGUUGACAUACCUCGCACUCGUGCUCGGAAAAGGCGCUCAGAAAGCAUUGUUACCAAUACCACGGACAACAUCAUACCAGAUGAAAGUGUGGCUUCUGCUGCUUCUCCGUCACACCCAAAGGGCAAGGGCAGAGGGAAGCAAACCAAGCGGAGACGUGUUUCUGGUUCCGAUGACUCAGACGAUGAUGUCUUAUCGCACGACCAUGUUACCCCAGCACCCACACGAACCCUCCCAAAACAGGCCGCGUCGGUAAAGAAACCCCAUGUAGUGCAGUUAAUAGAAGAUGACGAUGACAAAGAGGAAGAGGAGGAAGCUUCAUCCCCUCCUGCCUCUCACAACGGGCGAAGGCCCAAGCUGUAA